AUGGGGCUCUGCAUGUCUAGCGGUGGCGCGGCGGCAGCAGUGCGGGCAGAGGGGGAGCCUGCCUCCACGGCUAUGGUACUGAUGCCAACCGGGGAGCUGCGGGAGUACCCGCGCCCUGCCACAGCGGCGGAGGCGCUCGAGGACAACUCCGUGGCUGGGGACGCCGGCUGGUUCCUGUGCGACGCCGACGCGAUGGGCUUCGAGGGCCCCGUGGCCGCAGUCGCCGGGGCCGAGGAGCUCCGCCCGGGGCAGAUCUACUUCGUGCUCCCCGCCGAGGCCCGUAAGAACGGGCUACGGCGCGAGGACCUCGCCGCGCUCGCCGUCAGGGCGUCGGCGGCGCUCGUCAGUAAGGCCAGCGCCAACGCAUCCGGCAGCGCAGGGCGGAGGAGGCGGGCCGGCUCUGUUUCGCCGCUCGUGUUCGCCCAGCCGCCGGAGGUGGACGGGACCCUCGCGUACAAGACCGUGCCGACGUUGGCGGCGAAGAGGCGGCCGGUGGCGCGCGCGAAGAGUGCCGGGAGGAUGCAGCGCUUUGCUCCUGAUCUGACCGCCAUUCCCGAGUGCGAGUGA